UGUGUGUUGCUCGAGCGGCGGCCGCUUCCUGGGAGAUCGCGGGAAGGGGGAGACAGAUCAACUCAUACCAGGAGCAGCAUCAAGUGUCGGACCACGCGCCUUAGUUUUCGCAGCGAGCAGGAACUUCCUCUCGCCGUCAGUGCAGCCCAGCCCCCUCUUCGCGAAGAGACUUGCCACGCGUUGGACCCCAACCGUCCGCCGCCAACUCGCACGUUACCUCAAGAGAGAGACACUCUUCCCUUUGAACCUCGUCAGGAGAGAGAGAGAGAGAGGGGAGUCACAAAAGAAAGCGGAGUGACAAUAGGAAACCUUUUUGCCCAACCUCCGUUGCCCACCGUCAAGACAAAGCUCGCCGUUGCCGUUGCUCUUCUGCCCCGCGUUGCAGAAGCCAAGAGUCUUAUCCUCUCCACUAGGCACACCAAACAGAAAAAAAGAGACAGCUCAGUCUUUCAAUUCCCUUCUAGGACUCACGUUCCAGACUUUUAGCCAUGUCAAAUCCGGACAACGAGAACGCGCCGCCGCUGCCGUCCUUCGCGGCCGACGGCUUCUUGUCCUCGGCCGGCUCGCCCCCGUACAACCGCAACAAUGGCCGCUCACCUGGCCGUCGCAGCGGCGACCGCUCGGACGAGAUGGACGUCAUGGCCCAACUGGCCUCGCAGUAUUACGCUUCUAGCCGCAAUCGCUCGUUCUCGGCCCCGAUCCAGCCGUCGGCUCUGGGCUCGGCCUGGAACUCCUUCUCAGAUGACACGUCGGUGUCGGCCGCGGCCGCAGCGGCCGCCACGCAGCGCCACCACCAGAUGCAGAUGCAGAAUCAGAACUUGCUCCCCGUUCAGCCGCCGCUCCCUCAAGGGCCACCGCCUCCAGUGCUCAACAUCAUGGUGCCGCCACCCCCGCCCACUGACGAUGUGGCCGUCGGAGCCAUUGGCCAGGCCGUGCAGUCGCUGCAAUUACCGAGCGAGGAAAACAGCGACGCUGGCCAUCACGGAGACAGUGAGGUUACAGGCGCGCCACUGCCGGCCACGUUCCUACGCACAAUUUGUGACCAAUUGGAGUACUAUUUUUGCGACGAAAACUUGCUGGGAGACUUAUUCUUGUUGAAAAACAUGAACAUGGACGGAUACGUCAAGCUGGAGUUGCUGGCCUCCUUUGGCCGAGUGAAGAAGCUCACGACAGACAUGGAGCAGAUCAAGAAGGCGCUGGAAUUGUCGACCAAACUGCUUCUCAAUGAAGACGAGACCAUGGUGUGUCGUAAAGAGCCGUUGGCCCCCAACCAGACGUACCACGGCAAGCUGGCCCGCACGGCCAUCGCGUAUAACUUGCCGGAGGACGCGUCCGUCGCAUCAUUGCGUGAAACCUUCCAGGGCUGCGGCGAGAUUUCGUAUCUCCGUCUGCUCAAGAAGAACACGACCACGGGCCGUAACGCUGUGCUGAAGCCUCCCAUCGCGGCCGGCGAGACGUACGCUAUCAUCGAGUUCGUGGACGACGAGAUGACCAAGCACGCCGUAUUGACGCUGUCGGACCAGUACAACUGGCGCACGGGCAUGCAGGUGGUGCUCUUUGACGGCACGAACUGCGACAAGCUGAAGCAGAAGAUGUUCCCCGUGGAACUCGGUGGUGACCGUCGUCGGGCCAAGUCGGCCUCGGCCCUUACGCGGCCGGUGCACGUGGAGUCGGUCGGAGAAGGUCUGGACGAUCUCCGUGAAGGCAAAGUGAACACGGGCACAGUGUACUCGAUCCGUGGCGCCGGCGGACUUAUCACCCCCACGCGACAGGACUCGGCCUGUAUCUCGUUCCGUCUGAUCCCCGAUGAAGACGGAAAUGUGGACAUCAGACAGGGAGACUACGUGUCGUUUACGGUUGGGAAGAACAAGAAGAGUGGACGGAAAUAUGCCAGUAAAGUCAAGCUGGAGUUCCGCCCGCCGGCCAAUCUAACGGGCGACGCCAACAAUGCUGGUGGCGGUCUCAGUGGCCUGGCCGCUAUGAGUGGAGGAGGCUCAUCGAGUGGAAAUGGGCAGAAGGACUAUUUCUCCCCGUCGCCGAGUCGAUGGGAGUCGCGUAGCCGCGCCGCGACGGUGGGCGCUCCGCCCCAGCCGGCGGCGUUCCGUGCCCGCUCGUCAUCGUCGGGCACGCGCCCGAAGCUGAACUUGUCGUCGCCGCGGAUGGCCCAGUCUCCAGUACACAACAACAGUCUGGGCGGCAACGUGUUGGUGCCCCCUCCGGGCAUGGGAAUCAACGGUAGUAACCAGAUGUACCGCCAGGCCAUUGGGCCGGAUGGCACGCGGGGCUUUGGCUUCCGUCGUACCGGUGGCGAGCCGCCGGAGAUGGCACCGGAACUCAAGUUUCCGGUCAUGGAGCGUCGGAGAUCGCGCUCGUCGGGUGGUGCCUGGUAACUGAAGGACGGCACUGACUCUGACACUGUGAACAAGGAAAGAGAAGGCUUUUCAUGUCAACACACCCACGCUGGCCAGCGUGAUAUGCUGGAAAAUGAUCAAGAACGACGAGAAACAUAGCAAGAAAUUAGGCGCUAGCAAAAAACGAAAAACGAGUUGAAAAAUCACACGAAAUGCACAGUUGAUAGGGCAAAAACACACAAAUGUAUUUGAGUGUGACUGAAAAUGUUCA